AUGAUCAAACCACAUUUGACCUCGGUCGAAUCGGCAGUAUCUAUUGUAUCAAACAACUGGAAUCAUCGAUUCGUCCAACCAGUCAUCCAACUCGCCCAACAACUUGGUUUCUUGGGCCACGAAACCGGAAUCAAUCAAUUGAGACCUGUGACAUGGUCAACGGAUAUUGAAGUGAUUGCUAGGUGUCAGUCAAGACUACUUUACAACCUCUACAUCAAAGAGGAAAAGGAAAGUCAAAGGAUUCAAAAACUAGUCAUGACCAAUGGAUGCACAGGACUGGAUUAUCUCAAAUACGUUCACUCUAGGCAUCCAAAAUGGAUAGUAUAUAAUCUAGACAGUGCCCUCAAGAGUGGAAGUAUUCAAAUCAUCAAAUAUAUGAUGACAGAGUACCCCAAACAAUAUUCACUCAAACAAAUGCUGCCCGAGAUGAUCAAAUCAGGACAAGUAGACAUGCUCCACUAUUUCCUAAAUCAACAAGGGCAACUAGUUUCCACGACAAGUUUAAAAAAAUAUUAUCUUGCCAUUGACCAAAAAUCAUUUAUGGAAAGAUUAAUUAAUGGAUUUCACAUGGAGAUGUUUUUAUAUCUCUAUCAUUCUGGUUACCAAAUAGACGUUAAAUUGGUUGGUACUUGGAAAAAUAUUAAAUCAGAUUCAACCUAUAAUAGAUUAUUCCUAUUUGUUAAAAAUCAAUAUAAAUUAAAAAAAGAAAAAGAAUUGGGAUUAACUGAAAAUGAUAAUAUUAAUAUUGAACAACAACAAUAUCAGACUAGAAAGAAUAAAAAGAAACAAAAACAACAAAUAGAAGGAUCAAAUUUAAAGAAAUCAAGAAAAUAA